AUGCGCUUCAACGCUGUUCUUCUUGCGGUUGCUGCCGCCGGCACUGCUGUUGCUCAACGUCCUGCCAACCAGUCCAUCUGUGACUAUUACACCACUGCCUUGCUGAAGCAGAACAAUGCCACCAACCAGUACACUCUCCUGACUCUGUUGGUCAACACCGCCGUCAUCGGUAACUACACCCAGCCUAACGUGGGUAUCAUGGUUCCGGGUAUUCUGAACCCCAAUGGCACGUACAACAAUACCAAGGUCAACCUGGUCCCCUACUUCGAUGGCGGUCUUGCUUCUACCAACGACGGUGGCAAUAUGGGUGUUGCUAAGAACUUCCUGGACGGUGGAGGUGCUGCUCCUCUGAUGAAGAACAUGCCCGCCGAUGAUACGACCUCUAACCAAUACAAGCUCCUGACUCACCUCUACGAGUUCUUCGGUAGCCUUCUCGGCUGCUCUGGGGUUGGCAUGACCGGUUUCCCAGCUUACGCUGGAGAUGCGAGCAUGUAUGAGGUUCACAAGUUCAUGGCCCUCGACCCAUUCCAGAUGGGCUUCUUCAUCGAGCAAGUCGCCCUUUCCGCUGCCUCCUUCGGAGUCGCCCAGUCGGAUAUCGAGGCCGCCGGCCAGGCUCUGGGCUCCCUCUUCAACUACCGCUGCGCUCCUAAGACCACCGUCAUCAAGGCUCAGGGUCCCCAGUACCAGAGCGUUUGUACUAACGAUUCUUGCCCGCUGGCUGAUAACGCUACCUGCGCUGCUCAACCCUCCAUGCCCCAGCCUCUUGUUGCCAACGCCACUCUCGCCGAUGGGGAGGGUCGUAUACCCUCCGGCUCUGCGACUAUGUCUGGGAGUGCUUCAGGGACUGCCUCGAGUGCGUCCUCUGCGUCCUCGGCCAGUGCUACCGUCAACGCAGCCCCCCACACCGUUCCUGGGCUUGCCGGUGUGUUUGUAGCGCUCGUGGCUUUCCUCGCUUUGUAA